AUGUCGCUGUCGUGCACCGGGCCGAUCCCCCGCGUCGACGCGCCGCCGAGCUGGCCAAGCCAGAGCCAACGGCCGUGGCGCAUCCCCAGCGUGACCACGGGCGAGCCCGUCCACCUGUACCUGAGCCUCCUCAAGACGGUGCUGACCAACGGCGUGCACGAGGACCUCGCGGAGCCCGUCGCGAACGAACGCGGGCAGCGCGACAACGUGGGCUGCGAUCCGGAGGACUCGCGCUGCACGCUCGCGUGGGACGGAUGGGCGCGCCUGACCGCACUGCAGCCGAUCGCGGAAGGUCUCCUCGACCGGCGCGUCCCUGGCGAUUGGGCCGAAGUCGGCGUCUUCCGCGGCGGCAUCUCACUCUUCCUCCAAGGCAUCCUGACGGCGCGCGGCGAGGCGCGGUCGCGAAAGCUGUGGCUCGUCGACUCCUUCCAAGGCAUGGGCAGCGCGGCGCACGUGGCGUGCAAGGAGAAGGGCCGCGGCGGCCGCGGCAACCCGUGCAGGGCCGACGAGUACUGGGUGCGCAGGUUCCCGCUGUUCAGGCGCAACUCGGCGGAGGCCGUGCAGCAGCGCUUCCUGCGCCACGGCCUCCUCGGACCCGGCGUGCGCCUCCUGCCCGGCUUCGUCAACGACACCCUCGCCCCGCCGUGCAACCCCAUCCGCGCGCUCUCGCUGCUGCGCAUCGACGUCGACGUGUUCGCGGCGACGCUCGACGCCCUCGCGCACCUCUACCCGAGGCUCACGCCUGGCGGCGUCGUGCUCUUUGACGACUGGAAGCUGCCCCUCGCGCGGCGCGCCGCCGAGGAGUACCGCAGGUCGAAUGGGAUCACGGCGGAGAUCCGAUUCCUGCCCGGGACGGUGGACGCGCAAGCGUAUUGGGUGAAGCCAUAA